CUACAGAAGGAGAAGAUGGCGGCGUCCGUGCGUUUGGCUCAGAAGGUGAGGAAAAAAGUGGCCGGCGCCGUUCCUGUUCGACACUUCAGUACGUCUCUGGUCAGGCCAGUGUCAAAAUUGGUGCAGCCCCCAAUUCAAGUGUAUGGACUAGAAGGCCGGUAUGCCACUGCACUCUAUUCUGCUGCAUCUAAGAAGAAGCAGCUGGAACAGACUGAGAAAGAGCUGGCUCGUGUGUUGGCACUUAUGAAGGACCCUAAAUUAUCUGCUGUUGUCAUGAAUCCUCAUAUAAAAGGUGCAGCAAAGCAAAAGGCUGUGCAAAAUGUUCUGGUUAAAGAGAAACUGUCUCCUAUCACUCUCAAUUUUAUCAAUGUGCUUGCUGAAAAUGGUCGCUUACCCUAUACUCCAGGUGUAGUUUCUUCAUUUGGUAAGAUUAUGAGUGCGCACCGUGGAGAAGUGCUAUGUUCUGUAACUACUGCUCAGCCCUUGGAUGAGGCCAAUCUUACUGAAUUGAAAUCAACUCUGCAUGGCUUUUUAGCUAAAGGAGAAGUAUUGAAACUGGAACUAAAGACUGAUCCAACCAUUUUGGGAGGAAUGAUUGUCAGCAUUGGUGAUAAAUACGUUGAUAUGUCUACCAAAACCAAGAUUCAGAAACUGAGCAAGAUCAUCCAACUGCCUGUUUAAUGGUCAUCUAGAGACAUAACUCCCAUUAAAGUCUCUUUGUCUGUAUUACAAAAAUAAUAAAACCUCUUGUCCUUGUA